AUGCCACAUGGAGUGCAUAAGUCAAAGAGGCCAAGUGGAUUCCAGCAAAGGAGAACAAAAGAGGCAAAAAUUCAAGCAAUCAAAACCCUUGCUGGAUCCAUGCUCAAGUAUGUCAAAAGACCAGAUGAUGGCCAGGGUUCAUCAAAAGACACUCCGCCAAUUGAUCAAGCUGAUUCUUUUGAUGCUUUUGCUAGAAAGCUUUCUGCAGAGGAGCAAGAAGUGGAAAUGGCAGAAUCUGAAGAAGAGCGAGGAGGGAAAAUAGAAGAAUUUGAAGCAGAAGAGCAAGGAAUGGAAAUUACAGAAUCUGAAGCAGAAGAGAGUGCUGAAAGUGACUCAAGCCAUAGUCCGUAUACUAUGAAAGACAUGACUGCAGUUACGGAGAAAGAUUUGCAAAUUUUAUCUGAUGUGUCCUUCUGGGAGAUACCGGUUCCAGAUCAUUUUCGGGUAGAAAUUGUGAAAAGAGGAAGUGCUUCUUUCCAGAACCAAGAUGGUCCUUUUAGUGUCACCAAAAGGCCAGAUGAAAAAGCUGCAUCAAAGGGAGAAGUGCGCCAACUUUCAAAAGUGUGGUUUUACAAAAGAAAUGGAGAGAAAAUUCUGAGGACAUGGAUGGUUUACUCACCUGUCAGCGGGAAUUUAUAUUGCUUUUGUUGCCGACUCUUUACCAGCUGUACUACAGAUACAACUUCCAAUCUUGUCACUGGGUUUCAGAAGUGGUGGAAACUGAGCCCAAAGGUAUAUAAUCAUGAGACAUCCGAAGAGCACUUAUACUGUCUGGAAAAGUGGAAAACUUUGGCAGCAGGACUGAGGCUGCAUGAAACCAUUGAUGCCCAAACUAUUUCUACGAUGGAGACUGAGAAGAAAAAGUGGAGGGACAUUUUGCACAGAUUGCUGGAUAUUACAUUGUUUCUUGCCAAGCAGAAUCUGGCAUUUCGUGGUCACAAGGAAGAUGAGUCUUCUUUGAAUAAAGGGAACUUUCUUGAGAUGGUUGAGAUGCUUUCCAAGUAUGAUCCGGUACUGAAGGAACACCUAAUUAAGUUAAAGCAGCACACCUGUAAAGUUAACAUGUCUGUCUCCUAUCUUUCUCCACAAACUCAGAAUGAGUUUAUAAGUGUCCUAGCAAAUCAUGUGAAGGCGAAGAUUGUAACGGACAUAAAGUCUGCAAAGUACUUUGGCAUCAUGUUUGACAGCACGCCUGACGUAUCGCAUACUGAUCAGAUGUCUGAAGUGAUCAGAUAUGUACACAUCACCAACAGGAAAGUUGAGGUAAAAGAAGUUUUUUUAGGAUUUUUCCCUUUAAAGGGGAAAAAAGCUGCUGACCUCAGUUCUGACAUUCUUCAAAAAUUAGAAAGUGAUGGACUCGACAUAAUGAUGUGCCGCUCUCAGGGUUAUACAGACCACAAACCAGACUGCUAA